UUGUGAUUAUACAGACGCGACCAGACCAGAAUAUAUGGCGGUAGUAGGAUCACAGUCGCGGCGAACAGAGAUGAAUUGGGCUACGAUAUGCUGCUCAGCCUUCUCCUGUCUCCAGCUCUACUGGGCACGUCUUGUCAUCCGCAAAUGGUUCAACGUUUCUUCCUUUGAUUCCGAUUAUAGCGCCGAUACUGACGACGACAGACUCUCCCUUUCCGGCAGCCAAGAUUUUGAUCCACGUAGCUCUGGUGCCACCAAUGAUGAUGAUUGUCCUAAACUUAGAAGGCGCAAUUCAGAAACUUUCAGGGUUCAGUAUAUUGACACACAAGCAGUCAGAAUCUGUGCCGGGACAUGGAAUGUUGGAGGCAGAGUUCCACCUGCUGACUUGGAUAUCGAUGGUUGGCUUGACACUCUUGAACCUGCCGAUAUUUAUGUUCUUGGUCUUCAGGAAAUCGUUCCCUUAAAUGCUGGAAACAUUUUUGGUAUUGAGGAUGACCAGCCUGCUUCUGAAUGGGAGAACAUCAUACGUGAUGCUUUAAACCGAGUUCGACUUAGAAAUCCCAAGUCUCUAUGUCACAGUGAUCCUCCCUCUCCCUCAAUGUUUAAGCCAUACAAAGAGGUCUCUCACAACGUACAAGAUAUGUUUCUUGAAACAAGACAUGGUGUUUGUGAUACAUUUUUCUCUUGUGAAAGACCAAUCGUAAGUGAAGAUUCACUUACUAACAUAGAAGUUUUGGAUUCCACCAAUGACAACGCAUCACCAUCAAUGCAAAUUAAUAGUGAUUCCCAAAGGGAAGAAAGGUUAAGUUACAAUGAAAGAGUUGGUCUGAGCUGGCCAGAACCUCCCUUAAAGCUGCUCAAUCAAUAUGUCUUGGAAAGACGUGGUGGUGCCUUCAAGUCACUGAAUCUGAGUAUCAUGAAUCUAAGAAAACCAGCGUAUGUAAGGAUCGUGAGCAAACAGAUGGUGGGAGUGUUUCUCACCGUCUGGGUUCGGAGGAGCUUGCGCAAGCACAUAAGUAACCUUAGUGUGUCCACUGUCGGUGUUGGUAUUAUGGGAUACAUUGGUAACAAGGGAUCUGUAUCUGUGAGCAUGUCAAUCUAUCAAACACCGUUUUGUUUCCUGUGCUCACAUCUGUCAUCAGGGGAAAAAGAUACAGAUCACCAGAAAAGAAACGAUGAUGUACGUGAAAUUCACAGAAGAACGCUGUUUCAUCCCCAUUCUUCAAGUGCCAGUGUUCUUCCAAGAAGCAUCCGUGAUCAUGAAAGAGUAAUCUGGCUGGGAGAUCUUAACUAUCGGAUUAACUUGUCGUAUGAGAAGACACACGAGCUUAUUGCAAGAAAGGAAUGGCAGAGGUUGCUUGAGAAUGACCAGCUUUCAAACGAAAUGAGAAAAGGCAACGUAUUCGAGGGAUGGUCGGAGGGGGUUUUAUGUUUUCCACCGACAUACAAAUACGAAAUUGACUCAGAAAACUACAUCGGAGAUGACCCGGAAUCAGGAAAACGUAGACCGGCCUGGUGUGACCGCGUCAUUUGGAAAGGGAAGGGAAUGAAGCUUCUUAGUUACAGAAGGAAUGAGAUUAAGCUAUCGGAUCACCGGCCUGUCACAGCCACGUUCUUGGCCGAGGUUGAGGUUUUGUCUCUAUGGAAACUUCAGCGUGCGCUUGCAAUCACUUAUGCCGAGAUCCAAAGCCAAUGAUGAGCUUGUAAGGUCGCCUAAAACCCCUCUUAGGUCAGAUCAAAUUUGUACAAACUCCCUCUUCUGUAAGAGGAUACCACAUAUUAUUAUUUGCAAUUUGUGUAUUAUCUUUAGAGGAAUGUAUAAUAGUGUGCAGGCGAGAAAUACAAAUAAUAUUUGAAGAUAAGAAGACCGCAUUUCAUGUA